CACCUCAGCAGCCGAGUAUCGUCUUGUUUCAGCGGCGUGAACAGCAACACAGCACAGUGAGCAUGUCGGUGCUAGCUCUGCAAGAGUACGAGUUCGAGAGACAGUUCAACGAGGACGAAGCCAUCCGAUGGAUGCAGGAGAACUGGAAGAAGUCAUUUCUCUUCUCUGCGCUCUACGUUGCCUUUAUCCUCGGGGGCCGCCAUGUCAUGAAACAGAGGGAGAAGUUUGAGCUGCGGAAACCGCUGGUGCUAUGGUCGCUCACGCUUGCUCUGUUCAGUAUAUUUGGUGCCAUCCGUACUGGGAGUUACAUGAUGUACAUCCUGAUGACAAAAGGGCUUAAACAGUCGGUUUGUGACCAGAGCUUUUACAACGGGCCUGUCAGCAAGUUCUGGGCAUACGCCUUUGUACUUAGUAAAGCACCAGAACUGGGUGACACUCUCUUCAUCGUCCUGAGGAAACAGAAGCUGAUCUUCCUCCACUGGUACCACCACAUCACCGUGCUGCUCUACUCCUGGUACUCCUACAAAGACAUGGUGGCUGGCGGCGGAUGGUUCAUGACCAUGAACUACCUGGUGCACGCCGUCAUGUACUCUUAUUACGCCUUGCGGGCAGCCGGCUUCAAGGUGUCGCGCAAGUUCGCCAUGUUCAUCACCCUGACCCAGAUCACCCAGAUGCUGAUGGGCUGUGUGGUCAACUACCUGGUGUACUCGUGGAUGCAGCAGGGCCAGGAGUGUCCAUCCCACAUGCAGAACAUUGUGUGGUCUUCCCUCAUGUACCUCAGCUACUUUGUGCUCUUUGUUCAGUUCUUCUUCGAGGCCUACAUCGGCAAGUCCAAAUUAGCGGCUGUCGCCAAGAAGGGCGACUAAACUAAUGCCAUAUGUAUGGGAAGAAGGGAGAUAAUGAAGAAAAAGGGAGAUGGAAAUGGAGAGCAGGGACCAGUGACUUGAGAGAAUAUGUUAGGGGUGAGGGUUGUUGGAAUGAAUGAUGGGUGAUGCAGAGGUGGCAGAGGCUUGGGGAGUGGGGGUGGGGUGGGGUGGGAGGGUCAAGAGGAUGGCUGGUGUUUGUGCUUGAGCAUUACUAAUGUGCAGAUCUAAAAUGCCUCAAUGGAUGUGACGUCUCCGUUGAGGGAUGCUGAGGAAGCAGCGCCGCCAUGAUCAGAAGCCAUCACGAAGUUGUACACCUGAAGUUUAAAAGCCCUUUUUUAAAUUCAUCAUAAAUAGUUUUUAAAAAUCUAAAAUAUAAGAAAAGGACAAAGACACCGUAUUUAAUAAAUACAUCUGCCACGAGCAUAUGUUUACUUGAUAUUAAAAAAUAAAUUAAUUGGUACAUAUGACGAUGGAUGGAGUCAACAUUACCCUGAGCCAUCUGAGUAUGUUUUUGUCCGUUUGUUGUCAGUGUUUGUUGUUUUGUUUCGAUUUGUCAAAGAAAAAGUUUGAAACACUGGAGAGUGUUGGUGGUUGAUGUGAACUGAUUGGGUGAACGGCACUGUAUCUUCUGUGUCUUACAUUGCAAAACGCGAUAUUUUCUCAGGUCUUAGGUUAUCUUUCUUAAUAUAAUAUGCAUAUCAAGACAACGUAGACAUGUUUAACAUCAGCACCGGUUUACAGUAUGGCUAAAAUUCAUCCAGUACGGCCGCACAGUUGAAAAAAAAGUAUGAAUGAAGCUGAUUGAACUGACUGACUCAGAUGAUCACACCGCUCCUGGGCAUGAUGGGGAGACAGAUGCUGACAGUGCCCUGCUUCACCACUUGUCAUGACCUUGCAAGAAGUUGCCGACCACACUUGGAAAAUGACUUGCCAUUGAUUUCCAAACGCCUCUCUGUUGAAGGGUCCCUACCAGUGAAGAAAACUUGCCUGUUAGACACUGAAGGCUAAAAUGGAGGACAAACAUAUUUAUGUUUAGUAAAAGAAAAAAAAAAACAUCAAACAUGCAAAUUGUCAAAUCUGCUGUAUUGACUCUGAAAAAUAGUAUGUAUCCUUAAUGGUGUCUGUUGUGCUAUUGUGCAUUUGCACUGUAUCAAUGUCAAAAAACAAUUGUUGCUGAAAACCUUAAUGUAUGAACAAAGAGUGCAAAAAUGUCACAUGUGCCUGUGGUGUGUAUUUUUUGUGUCACAUGCUACAUCUUGGCAUUGCACAUACUUAGCAUUUUUUGGUGCUAAACCUGAAAAGCCAUUUUUGGGGCUACAUGGCAGAUUUAGAAGCAGCAGUAUUUUGAAAGGUUAGAGUGUGAUUAUCACUUUCAGGUAUCCAGUUUACCUGUUGAGUAGUGUACUUGCAUGCAUGUCAAACCUGAUUCAGUGGAUCUUAUGUAGCAGUAAUUACAACCCGUUGAGCUGCAUACCUGCUAUGAGCUCUUAAGCACAUCAAGGAUUCACUUUUUGGUUGCGUCAGUUAAGUGUUCACAUCCACUGUAGCUGACCUCCCCCUAGAGGUGCAAUUGCGCAAGUAAGCUUUAUCUGAGACUACAUCUGUGCAAAAACCUCUAAGUGCACAGAUGCUUUACUUUGAGUUACUGCUUUAAUGUUUGUUGAAGUUAAUACAUUGUUUUUUAAUUCUUUCCUAUGAUAAUAAUAAUAAUUAAUUGUUGGAGAUAUGCAGAAGUACACCUUAAAUCAUUCUUGCUACAGUAGAGACCCCCCUUAGAGUGCAAACUUAUAUUCAAAUAAAGAAAAAGUCAGACAUUGUACUUUGUAAGCAAUGCAAUUUAUUUGUAGUGUACCAGGUAAAUUAUGCUUAUUUUAUCAAAGCCCAUUGUGUUUCCUUGUUUAGCAGAUGACUGCCGAUAUGAUUCAAA